UAUUUCCCAAGGGAAGGAGUUAAAACUUCUAUAUUCAAAGUUACAAUGUCCAUGCUCCAGAACACCCUCAGACCCCUUCUGUUUUUAUAGGUGGCCUGUAUCAAGUCUUCUGCAAGAGUGAGUGUCAAGAUGAUGUAUGGAUUUAUACCGUUUGGAUUAAAACCCCCAAGUAUUUGAAAGUAGUGGGAUUUUGUUGUUUGUUGGGUUGUGGUUUUUUCUUUUUUGUGGGGGGGGACACAUUGCUUUUAUAUUUUAUUUUUUUAGUCUCCCAUCUUGAGCUAAAGCAUUGAUUGGACUAUGAGAAAGAGAAAAGAAUAACCAAAAAGGACUAAUGAUGUGUUGCGUUGACCCUGCUUUCACCAGGUGGACAUGUGGGACAGCAACACUUACGGGUUAGAUCUGCAAUUCAGCAUCCGUGAGACAAUGUGCACCAAAGCUUCAGGGAGAGACCCCUUCACCUGUGACUUCAGAGCUGGGCCUUUUGUGCCCACUGCUUCCUGCAGGAGUGUUGUGGAAGUCUCUGGGGAGCUGAUUGCCAACAUCACCGUGCGGUGCCAUCGCAGCACAUUCAGCUCUGAAUCCAUGAGCAGUGAGGAGAUGAUGCAUGUGCCAGUAAUGACCCCUGACAGGAGAGGCAGCAUUCAAAGGGAAGCCUUCCCUUCAAGGGGAAGAGGCAGCAGCCGUGGAGACUGGAACAAACCCAGCUACCUCAGCCCUGGAAAGAUGGAAUAA